UUAGAGACACUUGAUCCAUUGACUUGUGGGAGAGGCCCAGAAUAUUCUAGCUCUGUCUGCACAAGAAUGAAGCCUCUACUUGGGACCCUUUACCUCUUGGGGAUGCUGGUACCUGGAGGGCUGGGAUAUGAUAGGUCACCAGCACAACACAGACAAGAGGUUGUGAACAAGACAGCAACUCCAUGGAGCAGCCUGGAGACCUAUCCCUAUAACAGAUACCACCCCAUGGGGGAGAUCUAUCAGUGGAUGAGCCUGAUAAGGGAGAAGUACCCGGAAGUGGUGACACAGCAUUUCCUAGGAAUGACCUAUGAGACGCGGCCCAUGUAUUAUCUGAAGAUCAGCCAACCAUCCAAUAAACCCAAGAAGAUCAUUUGGAUGGACUGUGGAAUUCACGCCAGGGAAUGGAUUGCCCCUGCUUUUUGCCAAUGGUUUGUGAGAGAAAUUCUACAAAACUAUCAAGACAACUCAAGGAUAAGAAAGCUCCUUAAGAACCUGGACUUCUACGUGCUUCCAGUGCUUAACAUAGAUGGCUAUAUCUACACUUGGACAACUGAUCGGCUUUGGAGGAAAUCCCGCUCAUCCCACAAUAAUGGCACAUGUUUUGGGACAGAUCUCAACCGAAAUUUCAAUGUAUCCUGGUGUAGUAUUGGCGCAUCUAAGAACUGCUCAGAUUCAACAUUCUGUGGGACAGAACCAGUGUCUGAACCUGAAACUAAAGCUGUUUCCAGCUUUAUAGAGAGCAAGAAAGAGGACAUUUUGUGCUUCCUGACCAUACAUUCUUAUGGGCAGCUCAUUCUCAUGCCUUAUGGCUACACCAGAAAUAAACCCAGUAACUACAAAGAACUGAUACAAGUUGGACAGAAGGCAGCAAAUGCACUGAAAGCAAAGCAUGGAACCAAUUAUAGAGUUGGAUCGAGUAUAGAUAUUUUAUAUGCCACAUCAGGGUCUUCAAGAGACUGGGCUCGCGACAUUGGGAUCCCCUUCUCAUACACAUUUGAGCUGAGAGACAAUGGUACAUACGGAUUUGUUCUGCCAGAAGCUCAGAUUCAAGCCACCUGUGAGGAGACCAUGGCGGCUGUGCUCUCCAUCCUGGAUGACGUGCAUGAGAAAUACUGGUACUCAAACAGUGCUGGAAAGGUGACAUCGACCACCGCGGUGCUGAGCCUGCUGGUGUCCUUCAGGUCUCUUUUCUAAGUACAUCCCACCCAGGCCUGCUCAGCCCCAAUGACCUGAUAUGGUUGCAGAGAAUGUGUGUGUCUGUGAUCAUAGAGGAACCAAAUAAUUUAACUAAAAAUGCUUUCUAUUUCAAUAAAGAUAAGUCCUGUUUGAAUUGUAA